AUGUCCUAACUCUUUCACCCUUUUAUCUCUCUCUCUUACGCUCGCAAAACAAGAUAGUUUCGCCUGUUCUUUGCACAUUACAUUAUUACAUAUAAUAUAAAAUCGUGUUUCCAUAUUCGAGCCAUGGCCGGUAAGGAAAUUUUCCACAAGAUGAAGGAAUCCGUCAAGGAGAAAGUUGGGCUUGGUGCAUCUGAUUCUGCAGAUUCAGGGAAAGGCAAGAGCAAGAUGUCGAAGCAGAUCACGCAUGGUUUCCACUUGGUCAAAGGGAAAGCCUUCCACGAGAUGGAAGAUUACGUUGUUGCCAAAUUCAAAGAAGUUGACGACAACGAGCUUGGCCUUUUCGCUAUCUUCGAUGCCCACCUUAGCCACGAGAUCCCUGACUACUUGUGCUCCCAUUUGUUUGACAACAUUUUGAAUGAGCCAAAUUUCUGGCAAGAACCAGAGAAAGCGAUCAAGAAAGCUUAUUAUAUAACGGACACGACGAUUCUAGACAAGGCAUCUGACUUGGGGAAAGGCGGUUCCACUGCUGUGACUGCGAUAUUAAUCAAUUGCCAGAAGCUGGUGGUUGCUAACGUUGGCGACUCUCGUGCUGUUCUUAGCAAAGGUGGUGUUGCCAAGCCACUCUCAGUUGAUCACGAGCCUAACAUGGAGAAGGAUGAUAUAGAGAACAGAGGAGGAUUCGUUUCAAACUUCCCUGGGGACGUUCCUAGAGUUGAUGGUCAACUGGCUGUGGCAAGGGCCUUUGGUGAUAAGAGUUUGAAGAUGCAUUUGAGUUCAGAACCAUACGUUACUGUGGAGAUCAUUGACGACGAUGCGGAGUUUCUUAUCCUAGCAAGUGAUGGGCUUUGGAAGGUCAUGUCGAACCAAGAAGCGGUUGAUUCGAUUAAGGGAAUAAAAGAUGCAAAAUCUGCAGCAAAGCACCUCUCAGAGGAAGCUGUUGCAAGAAAAAGCUCAGAUGAUAUCUCAGUGGUUGUCGUUAAAUUUCAGUGAGCUCGGUUUAAGAUUCCAUUGAUCAUUAGUCUUACUGGUCACUGAAACAAGUAAAGAGUAUUUGGGUUUGGACCAGCUAAAGAAUCAAAACAUGAAACAAAGCAUGGGCGUUUCCUCCUCUGUAAAAUGCAAUCAUCACCACUUUUAUUUACUCUUUCUUUUUUCUUUUGCAAACUGUGUGACUUCUCUGUCUGUUUCUUUGUGGGAAUAAAAAUCAACAGUUGAGGCUUUCUAUGCUUCUCUUUGUAUUGUAACUUUUUAUUUACUAUGCAUUACAUCA